GCUCCAGCCGGCACCAAGGGACUCAUUUCUUCGCUAUCUGCGCCUCGAAAGAUUCCUUCAUUGUCUGCUGGCCCCGUGAUAAUCGCGUUUUUGCAGCAGCAAAGAUGCCCGAGACAACGAUAUUCAAGGCGACGUACAGCGGGAUCCCCGUGUACGAGAUGAUGUGCAAGAGCGUCGCCGUGAUGCGAAGGCGGUCCGAUUCGUGGCUGAAUGCGACGCAGAUCCUCAAAGUUGCUGGUUUCGACAAACCUCAGCGAACUCGUGUGUUGGAGCGAGAAGUGCAAAAGGGAGAGCACGAAAAGGUCCAAGGCGGCUACGGAAAAUACCAGGGAACUUGGAUUCCUUUGGAACGUGGCUUGGCUCUUGCGAAACAGUACAACUGCGACGGUCUCCUCAAGCCUAUCAUCGAAUUCCAACCAGCCGCUAAAAGCCCACCGCUGGCUCCGAAACACCUCAUCACUAACUCCAGCGCCCGUCCUUCGCGUCGAGGAGGCGCACCCGACAGCGCUGCCAGUUUGUCUGUUAGCACGCGCUCAUCCAGACGCCAGGUCGUCGAUGUUCCCGAGGAAUCUGAACACGAAACACUUUCAGUGCGGGGCUCCGAAGAUGGGUCGAUGACGCCUUCGCCUUCGGAGGCUUCGUCUAGUUCGCAUACACCUUCGCCCAUCAGGAGUCCGAAAGCAUAUCAUAAUGGUGUUGCUGGCUCUCGUUCCAGCACCAGACGAAGCAGGUAUGAUAGCGAAUAUACAGAAGACCCUGAGGCAGCGAGGCUCAACGGCAAGACCGAUGCUCGUGCUUACGGAGACCAAAUACUAGAAUACUUCAUCUCAGACACCAACCAGGUGCCGCAGGUGCUCAUCUCCCCACCUCCUGACUUUGACCCCAACAUGGCCAUUGACGACGACGGACAUACCGCGUUGCAUUGGGCGUGUGCUAUGGGCCGCAUCCGCAUUGUCAAGCUGCUGCUCACCGCCGGUGCUGAUAUUUUCAAGGUCAACAAAUCUGGCCAAACCGCGCUCAUGCGUAGUGUCAUGUUUGCGAACAACUACGAUGUUCGCAAGUUUCCCGAACUAUAUGAACUGUUGCACCGUUCAACCCUGAAUAUCGAUAAUUACAACCGGACCGUCUUUCAUCACGUUGUUGAUGUUGCUAUGGCCAAGGGAAAGACUCACGCCGCGCGUUAUUACAUGGAGAUCAUCUUGACGCGACUUGCUGAUUACCCGAAAGAACUUGCCGAUGUUAUCAAUUUUCAGGAUGAAGACGGAGAGACGGCGCUGACUAUGGCAGCUCGGUGUAGAAGCAAACGAUUGGUAAAAAUUCUGAUUGACCAUGGCGCCGAUCCCAAGAUCGUGAACCACGAUGGCAAAAGCACAGAAGACUACAUCUUAGAGGAUGAACGGUUCAGGUCAUCACCUGCCCCUCCUUCUCGUGUCAUGCCUAUGUCUUUCCGGAAUAUCCAGGCAGCUUACCCUCCCCCUCAUGCACCACCUGACUACUCCUUCGCGCCGGCAAAUGGAGAUCGGCCUCCACUCCAUCACUCUGUCGCGGCACAACGCGCUAGUACGCGCUGUGUCAAUGACAUCACGAGUAUGAUGGACAGCUUGGCUGCCUCGUUCGACCAAGAGCUCCGAGACAAGGAGCGUGACACGGUCCAGGCCCACGCGCUUCUGGGAAACAUCCAAGCAGAAAUACUUGAAAGCCAGCGUGCUGUAGGUCAUCUACGGUCGCAGGCAGAAGGUUUGGCGCACACAAGCGACACCCUAAAGACGAUGGAAAAUGAACUUAAUACGAAGAUGGGGCGGAGAUAUAGACUGGGCUGGGAGAAAUGGGUUAAAGACGAAGAGGCGCGUGAGAAAGCCAUCAGAGACUCAGCCAAUGGGGAGCUGAUGUUGACACCCGCCACGGCUUCUCACCUAGCGAGCAUCGGAAUGGACGGCGAGUCAGCCGCCGAACUGGGGAAGGGUAAAGGAAAGCGCAAGGCGUCUUCGGACCCGGAAGACAUUUCGGAUCUGAUUGCCUUGCAUUCGGGAAUACCGACGGACCCUGAAGCGCUAAGACAAGCGUGUGGGGCAUUGAGGGAAGAGAUUCUCCAGGCGCGAAAACGGAGAAAGACGAUGUUUGACGAAUUGGUAACAUUCCAAGCCGAAGCUGGAACGAAUGGUAGGAUGAGUGAAUAUAGACGAUUGAUCGGCGCGGGAUGUGGAGGGAUCCCACCGUCGGAAGUUGAUAGCGUUCUGGGUGUUUUGCUAGAGACCCUGGAAUCAGAAGAGCCGAGCUCAUCAUCUCUUGGCUGGAAUGGAUCAAGACCUACGAAUGCUGGCGAAAAUAUGCGAUGAUGGCAUUGUUGGAUUGCUGGACAGUAUGAUUUGUUCCUGUGUCGUUGGAUAAGAUGUUUCGUUUAUCUGUAAAGCACUGUAUGUAUUCCUCCUGUUGCGGUGAAAUUUAUUCAUCUAAAUAUCAAUCUGUUUUGGAUUGGACAAUAUUUGCU